UUUCUCCUCACCCCCCCGCGGGAGGACUUGGGCUCUCCCAACUAGAUCGGCUAGCCCCGCGGCAAUUUAACACGACGUGGACUGGAUACACGGGCGAGGCCUGGGUGCCCUGUCUCAAGCUUGUCCCCACCCCUGUCGCCUCUGUCAGCCCCAAGUCCAGGUCUAGAGUUGGAACCUAUGGCAACAAGUCGGGUCCAGGGGGCUAAUUUCCUCUGCCCGACCCCCGGGGAAGAGGCGAUUCUGCCCCUGCUUCCUAUACUCCUCAUCCCUGGGUUUCUCAAGCUGACAACCUGGCUUGGAAGACGGGAGACCUAGAUGCACUUAUUCCUUCGGGGAAUAGAAAUAGCAAGAACUUCGGAGGACGAGGGCGGUCCAGUAAACGUUUUCUAAGAGGCCCUGGGCCCUACGCUGCGGAUCCAGCGGUGAACCAGUCCCUGCCCUCAUGAAGCGCUCGUUCUAGUGUGUGCAGUGGUAGCUCCCAGCGCGGGUCUCCAUGGGGAAGCGUUACUUCUGCGACUACUGCGACCGAUCCUUCCAGGACAACCUCCACAACCGCAAGAAGCACCUGAAUGGGCUGCAGCACCUCAAGGCCAAGAAGCUCUGGUACGAUAUGUUUCGAGAUGCAGCUGCCAUCUUGCUGGAUGAGCAGAACAAGAGGCCCUGCCGGAAGUUUCUACUGACAGGUCAGUGCGACUUUGGCUCCAGCUGCCGCUUCUCCCACCUGUCCGAGCGAGGCCUGCAGGAGCUGAGUGUCCAGGCAGAGGAGGAGAGGCGGGCCAGGGAGUGGCCACUGGAUGUUGCCGAGCUUCCUGAGGUCCGCCUGGAGGACUGGCUGGAGAAGCGAGCCAAGCGGCUGAGCUCCACCCCAAGCAGCAGGGCCGAGCCCGUGAGAGCCACCGUGUUCCAGUACCCCGUGGGUUGGCCGCCAGUCCAGGAGCUGCCUCCGUCCCUGCGGGCACCCCCUCCUGGGGGGUGGCCCCUGCAGCCCAGCAUCCAGUGGGGCUGAGCCCCUCCUCCCUGCCUGGCGAGCUCAUGAGUCAGCCACAACCAAGAGAAGGGCUUCUACGGCGGACACCGAGGCUGUGCCCCACGGAGCGUCAAGAAACUCAAGCCUGGGCCUCUCUGAGGCCUGCGUGCUCCCUGCCCGCCCCCAGCCAGGUGCAGCCCUGGUCCUGACUCUGUGCCAGGCUGCUCCACGCCCACCCCCUCAGGAGACACCUCAGAGGACUUCCUUCUGGAUGCUUAUAAAGCCUGACUGUCACCACA